CCUGGAUAUUUGUAUUUUCAAUGCAGGUACAAUUGUUCCAAUGAUUACUUAUUUCACUAUUCACAUGUGACCUUUUUGGUUACUGUACUCAUGUGAUCUUUUUUGUUACUGUGCUCACGUUACCUUUUUUGCAUUUGUCUAUUUAAGACAAAUCAUACACAAACCCAAAUCUGCUAUCCUCCUCUCUCAGUUUCUUCUUCACUUCUCUUCCAAAGCAAAAUCCAUGUCUGGAGAGACUCCUAAACCAGCGCGCCGGGGAUUGGUGGAUGAGUUUGAAUAUGACGGUGUUGUAUUCUGUUACCAUGGUUGGAGAGCCGCCAAACGACUUGCUGUUGAUGGAGUCAACCCACCGAAGAGGUAUUUCCGAUGUCGGAUGUACGAGUACGACAAUGAUAACGGGUGUGGUUUUCACAUGGAUUGGGACGAAUUAAUGUUCGCCGGUUUUUCAGAGUCGGAUGAUGAAGAUAACACCGAGGAGACCGUGAAGAAAUGAAUUUGUAUUUCCUGUCAUCACUUUGUAUUGUGUUGAGUUUGUUUCUCUGUGAUAUU